AAUACCUUUACCAAGUAAAGAAGCUAGAAAGUAAUUAUGAACUGAUUUGUGUCAGAAUUCACAUCUGUACCAAUGAGGUAACAAUAAAUCUCUGUAUUAUUGAGCACAACGACCCAGCAUGUUGGCACUGUUAAUAGAAGCUCAUGUUUUCACACUUUACUCUGAUCCUUACUUGGGAAAACUUCAGGUUUAACUAUGGCUUCUCAAGGCAAGAGAGACGAUCGAAGUCCGGGAGUUGCGGUGAAAGCUCCACAUUUUUUCAAGAUAAUUCUUGCUGAUUCUUUACGACAUGGGAAGCUUAUGAUUCCGAGAAGGUUUGUAAGGAAACAUGGAGAAGGGUUGUCAAACCUAGCAUUUCUUAAUCUUCCAAAUGGUGCUGAAUGGAAAUUAGAAUUGACGAGAUGUGAUGGUGAAAUCUGGUUACAGAAGGGUUGGCAAGAGUUCAUGGAGUACUACUCUGUGAAGCCGGGACACUUUCUAGUUUUCAGAUAUGAAGGAAAUUCUCGCUUUCAUAUACUCAUAUUUGAUAUGAGUGCAACAGAAAUAGAUUAUCCCACCCACAGCUCCCAAGUUAAGGGGGGAAAUUUUGGUGAAAAACUCCAAGUUUCACCAAAGGAAGAAACUGAAAAUGAUAGUUCUGUGGAGAUAUUAGAUAGCUUUAGAACAUACAAAAGAAGGGAGAAGUUGCCAUGCGAUCCAAGGCCUCAAAAGAUGAAGAGAACGAAUCCAAGUGCAAAAACUGAGAAAAUCUCCAAUCUACCUAAAUGGGUUCCUCAUUCUACACCAAACCGCACUCAACCUAAAGAGGUAAAACCUAAGAAGCUAAAAGCACAAGGAAAUCUGCAUCCGACCAAGCAAGAGUUUGAAGCUGUUGAAGGCAUUUCUACCAACGAAGUUGGAUGUCCAAAGUCGGAGGUUCUUACAAGGACUCGACCAUUGACUUUGAUUGAAAAAGCAAGAGCUCUUAAGAAAGCAAGUGGAUUCAAACGCGAAAACCCAUAUUUUAUGGUUGUCAUGCAACCAUCAUAUGUGCAAUUUGGAUGGUGUUUGAAUAUACCAUCAAAAUUUGCAAAGACUUAUUUGAAUAUGACUUUUGGUGAUGUGGUCCUUCGGGUUUCGGAUGGCAGAAACUGGUUUGUUAAGUACAGUGCAGGCAAAUUUUUAUGUUGGAAGGAAUUCUCACUGGACAAUAAUCUGAAAGUAGGCGACGUUUGUGCGUUUGAACUGAUUAAGGGCAUUAAAGUUUCUUUCAAAGUUAUAAUUUUCCGUGCAAAUGAAGAACAAUGCCCUCUAUUUCCAGGGGGACUUUAUUUUUCUUCUAAAGGAGAAGGUGGAAGCAUGCCUAAAUCUCCCAUCAUGUGCUUUCAAUCUCAUAUUUUUAGGAAUAAAAAACGGACAGCUACUGAAAAAGCUAGGGCUCUUGAGAGUGCUAUUGCUUUCAAUUCUCAAAAUCCAUUUUUUAUGGUCUCCAUGGGCACACUAUACGCCUACGGCAAAUGCAACUUGAACAUACCACGCAAGUUUGCAGAGAAAUAUUUGAGUGAUCAGAAGCCUGGCAAUGUCAUCCUCCUGGUUUCAGGUGGGAAAACUUGGCAUGUCCAAUACAUUUCUAGAGAUUUAGGCAGUCGUAGAAAAACUGAACUUUCUAUCGGUUGGAGAGCAUUUGCCCGGGAUAAUAAAUUAGAAGAAGGUGAUGUUUGUGUAUUUGAGUUGAUGAAGGGCAUUGGAAUUACAAAUAGCCAUCAAUCUCAUGGUAAGAGAUCUGAGUGUACCGGCAUCAGUAAACAGCAAAUACUCAAGUUAAUCUAGCAAAUUAAGCUAAUUUUGAAUACUAUGAUCUGUGAAAAGACAGUGUUCUGUGUUGUGUACUUUUGAACAUCUGUUUUUUGUGCGGACUGUAGUAGAAAGAGUUUUCAAGAGUAGUGAUGCUUGAGCAGGUUGGGGAUAAGUCGUGGGUAGUGAAAUUCUUGAGUUACAACCACAAGUUAAGUAGAUGUUUUUGUCUUUUUGUAUGCUGAAAAGUCCCCAUUUUGAGAUGCCUCAGUCAAGUUGUCAUGUUUAAUUUAGAAAAUUAGUGAAUUUGUUGUUUUAUGAUGUGCAAUUCUCGUUUUAGGAUACUUAAUUUAUGUUU